AUGACUGAAUCCGAUUCUUUCGUUCAUCUGGCUCGUCCUUUGGGCCCCGUGGCAGUGGGGUCUGCACCGACGACCGCCCCUCUGAAUGUAGUCAUUCAACCUCAGGCCCUGUUCUCGAUCCUCGAUCAUUCUCUUCGUCGCAAUGCCGAUCAGGAACGUGUCAUCGGAACCCUUCUAGGAACCAGGUCGGAGGAUGGUACUGAGGUGGAAAUUCGCAGCACCUUUGCGGUCGGACAUACCGAGACGACGGAUCAGGUCGAGGUCGAUAUGGAAUACCAGAAGCAGAUGCUGGCGUUACAUCUCAAGGCCAACCCCAAGGAAGUUCUCGUCGGGUGGUACGCCACUUCGUCUGAGUUGAACACCUUCUCCGCUUUGAUCCAGAACUUCUACAGCGGCCAGGGUGAUGGCACAUGGCCUCACCCCGCUGUCCACCUGACAGUGUCCACCGAGGCUGGAAAGGAUAUCGAAACCCGGGCCUACAUCUCCGCGCCCGUGGGUGUCACCGCUGAGAGAGCUGCCGACAGUGCUGCUUUCAUCCCCGUUCCUUACGAGAUCCGGUACGGUGAGGCGGAAAGGAGUGGUCUGGAGGCGGUGUCCGCUGCCCGCGAUACGGAGGAGCGCACGACCAACAUCUUCACUGACAUCGAGGCUCUUGAGCGCGCAAUUGAGGAGGUUUUGAGCAUGAUUGACCGGGUCUCCCGGUACGUCGAGUCGGUUAUUGAUGAGGAGGCUCCUGCUUCCACGGCUCUGGGCCAGUUCCUUCUCAACACUCUCGCUUUGGCUCCCAAGGUCGAUGCGGUGGAUAUCGAGCGUGACUUCAACAACCACAUCCAGGAUGUCCUGGUUGUGUCCUACCUAGCCAACACCAUCCGUACACAGAUGGAGCUAUCCAACCGGCUAGCAACCGCCCAGCUUACUCUGGGUGGAGAAUCUGCCAAUGCCGAAUCUGGUCAGCGCGGCCAACGAGGCGGCAAAGGAGGCCGUGGAGGACAACAGCGGAACCAAGAACGUGGUGUUGAAGAGGCUCGUGCGUAA